AUGAACAACCAAUACAUCCGACGAGAAGUCUUUUGCUGUGAAACUUGUCACGAGCUCAAAAGCUUCUGGGAAAAAGAAAUUAGCAAACAGACUUACUACCGGGAGCUGGAGGAGGAUCGUCAGGGAAGGAGCGCCCUGAGGAAGCUCAGAGAAGGAUGGAAGCGGAGACUGGAGGAGAGACUGCGCAUGCUGGACCGUCCUGAGGAGAAGCCGCAGGAGGCGAACACUGUGGGCUGA